UGGAGAUAGACCUGACAACCUUAUUUUGUAAAUAGUUUUCAGUGUUAUUUCUAUUUGUUUUGUCAAUUUUUCACUGUAUGUACAUUUAUCAUUAAAUGACUGUACGUGUUGUUUUAGUCAACGACCUUGAACACUUUUUCCGUUGUAAUUCUAACAUAGCGUGACACACAUUUUCGGUUGUUCACAAAUACACUAUUACGCACAUACCCAUUGUUCUAUUCUCGCUCGUUACCAAGUCAAUUGCGUUCUAAACUGGAUAUUAUCCUCAUUUCAGACUGCAGUGUCAUUCCCAUUAUAUCCUACAUCAAAGAAACUUAUUGGCGUCAUAUUUACCUCUGUGGGAUUAUUAUGCAUUUAUAAUUGUGGAUUUUUGAGACCAAAACUCAACAGAACACGCAACGACUAGCCGAUUUAAGUAACGUCCCUAAUUUGUUAUUGCAUUUGUAACAUUUAACUUGUAAAUAUUAAUAUUACUAUUGAUUGCUAUUAACUUUGUUGAUACUUUUGCGUUUAUAUAUUGUUUGGUCCAUCACAAUUAUUUGGUGAGCCUCGAUUAUUUUUUUAUAGACAUUUACUAUAUAUAUCUACAUAAUUUUUUUAUUAUUAUUAAUCGGCAUGACACCAUAUUUUUGUUUUUGUCAUUAUGAACUCUCCGGGUAAACUUAUUGAUAUUGAUAGUUCACCGACCAACCUUCUAAACUCUCCACAACCAGAGGAUAAUGUUUUAAACUCAAUCAACGCUAUCUCGGAACUGAGAUUACCAACGUACGGUGUUAGUAAUCCCAGGAUCUGGUUUGCACAGGUUGAGGCAUUAUUUUUGUCGAGAGGUAUACGCUCGCAAGCGACAAAAUAUGCAUACAUCGUUGGAGCAUUACCCAUAGAAGUGGCAGCAGAAGUCGGAGACCUGAUAGAUAACGUACCAGAAGCGGACCCAUAUGACAAAAUAAAAGCCGCAGUAAUCCACCGUACUUCGCAGUCUGAUGAAAAACGCUUACAGCAACUACUCACCGCAUGCGAGUUAGGGUACAAAAGACCUUCACAGUUGCUUAGACACAUGAGACAACUAGCAGGCUCAUACAAGUUAGAUGAAGCAUUACUUAAGCAGAUGUGGUCACAAAGGUUACCUUAUAGCGUCAGACAAAUUCUCAGCGUAUCAGGAGCCACUGUCAGUCUUGAUGAUUUAGCAGACAUGGCCGAUAAGAUAAUAGAAAUAUAUCCCGAUAGUCGGGGAAUUAACACUGUACAACCCGCUAGUAGAGAUGCUAUGAACCCUACUCUUGACAUGCAGCAACAAAUGGCACACUUAACACGGCAGCUAGCAUCACUGCAGGCGACUAUCUCCACCAUCCAUUCUCGACGCCCCAGAUCUAGGUCCAGAAGGAGGUCAGUAUCCAGACAUCGUCUUAGGUCACCUAAGCGGGCAGCCGGAAUUUGUUGGUAUCAUUCGAAUUAUGGUGAGAAAGCACGUCGUUGCACAAAACCGUGCAACUUCACGGCAAGCAAGCCAGACCAUCAGGGAAACGAAGUGGCCAGACAGUAAUAGCGGCAGCUGCUACUGGCCAACAUGUCAGCCGCCUCUUCCACAUCAGGGAUCGUAUUUCUGGCUCAGACUUUUUAGUCGAUACGGGAGCAGAAAUCAGCAUCAUCCCACUCCAUCUCUCACGCAGACAACAUACGACAAGCACUAAAUUGUCCUUGGUAGCGGCUAACGAAUCAGUUAUCAAAACUUAUGGAGAACAAUCUCUUUUAUUAGAUCUCGGGCUCCGUAGAAGAUUCACAUGGGUAUUCAUAGUUGCUCAAGUCAAACGACCCAUCCUCGGGGCCGAUUUUCUUAGUGCGUACAACCUGUUAGUUGAUAUGACCAACAAGAGAUUAAUCGACGUAAACACACGUUUACAGGUAAGUGGUACACUCUCCAACGACAACGAGAUCCAUGGUGUCCGAAUAAUGAAACCUGUGAACAACAACUUCAACGACAUUCUAACAGAAUACCAGUGCAUUACGAAAUCAGAUUACCAAAAGGAAGGUAACCCACAGCUGGUACAACACCAUAUCACUACCACUGGACCACCUAUUAGCGCCAGGGCGAGGAGAUUACCACCAAGCAAGUUGCAAGUAGCUAAAAGAGAAUUCGAACAUAUGGUGCAACUUGGUAUUAUCAGACCAUCCAACAGCCCCUGGGCCUCGCCGUUACACAUGGUACCAAAGAAGGACCAAGAUUGGCGUCCGUGUGGUGACUAUCGACGAUUAAACAAUCAAACCAUCCCGGAUAGGUAUCCCAUUCCACAUAUACAUGACUUCGCGUUAAAUUUACAUGGUAAAUGCAUCUUCUCGAAGCUCGACCUAGUGCGAGCAUAUCACCAAAUUCCAAUGGCACCGGAAGACAUUGAGAAAACAGCCAUAAUAACACCUUUUGGUUUGUUUGAGUUUCUAAGGAUGCCAUUCGGAUUAAAAAACGCUGCGCAGACAUUCCAACGCUUCAUGGAUAACGUAACAAGAGGCCUUGAUUUCGUGUUUGCAUACAUCGACGAUGUUCUCAUUGCAAGCUCAUCUUUAGAAGAGCAUAUCCAACAUGUCCAGACCCUUUUUGAUCGUUUUAAAAAACAUGGCGUCGUCAUCAAUCCUUCGAAAUGCAUAUUCGCAGUCCCAGCCUUAGAGUUUUUAGGACAUUACAUUGACUCUCAAGGCAUCAAACCACUCCCAGAAAAGGUUGAAGCUAUUACCAAUUAUCCCGAACCAACCUCGGUGAAGUCAUUACGACGCUUCCUCGGUAUGUGUAAUUUUUACCGCCGUUUCUUACCACAUUGUGCUGAAGUAUUACAGUCAUUAACCGAUCUGUUGAAAGCCGACAAAAAAGGUACGAAGAGAGAAGAAUCAAACAUUCAACCUAUCUCUUGAUGCCAAAACAGCGUUUGAAAAAGCAAAGUCGAUGAUAGCUAAUGCCACCAUGCUACAAUAUCUAAAUACUGACCCCACAACCCACUUAAUUCUGUGUACCGAUGCAUCUCAAAAAGCCGUCGGGGCAGUAUUACAACAACAGGUAAACAAUAUGACUACCCCCAUAGCGUUUUUCUCCAAAAGAUUGUCACCAGCCCAGGAACGCUAUAGUACCUUUGGACGGGAGUUACUUGCUAUCUACUUAGCCGUUAAACACUUUAACUUUUUACUACAAGGACGAACUUUUACCAUCAUGACCGAUCACAAACCUUUAUGUUACUCAUUCCACACAUCGUACGACCGACAUUCACCUCGCGAAGCACGACAACUGGAUUACAUCUCCCAGUUUACGACAGAUAUCCAAUUUGUCAAAGGACACACCAACGUCGUAGCUGACGCAUUGUCACGUAAGGACGUAAAUACCCUGUUACGUAAACAAGACAUCGAUCUAGAAACCAUCGCAAAACUACAAGUAGACGAUGCAGAUUUGAAGGUCUGCCAGGAGAAGUCUAACUUGAACCUUAAACCAGUACCCAUCCCUUUCUCAAAUACAUCUAUCAUUUGCGAUGUUUCAACGGGUAACAAUCGCCCUUUUGUACCUCUAGCAUGUCGUCGACAGGUAUUUCAUCAACUGCAUGACCUUUCUCACCCAGGAAUCAGAGCCACAAUCAAAUUGGUUACUGAGCGUUUUGUGUGGCCAAAAAUCAAUUCAGAUAUAAAACGAUGGACGCGAAGCUGCCUACAAUGUCAACGCAGCAAGAUUCAAAAGCACACGAUCAGCCCAGUUGGCAAGUAUCCCCUGCCGGAAAAACGUUUUCAGCAUAUCCACUUAGACAUAGCUGGUCGAUUGCCACCAUCUAAUUCAUUCACUCAUAUUCUCACUGCGGUGGACAGGUUCACAAGAUGGGCCAUAGCAUGCCCUAUUGCUGAUACUUCUGCAGAAACAGUAGCCGGCGUAUUCCUUGACCGUUGGAUAGCAAAUUACGGAGUACCUUCUAUCGUCACUACCGACCGUGGUCCCCAGUUUCAGUCUAUCUUAUUUCAGGAAUUCACAAGACUUCUGGGCGUGAACCACAUCAAAACAACAGCCUACCACCCAGCAGCUAACGGCUUGGUCGAAAGAUUUCACCGCCAAUUGAAAAGCUCGCUGAUGGCACAAGAUGAUACGACAAAAUGGAGUGACGCAUUACCACUUGUACUCCUGGGUAUCCGUUCAACUAUAAAGGAAGAUAUAGGUUGUACAGCCGCUGAGCUAGUUUACGGUACAACCCUUACAUUACCAGGUCAACUAGUGGACCCAAACACUUUAACACUAACGGACCCAAGUCGUUUUGCUAGCCAACUGCUGCAAACCAUGCAACGAAUCAAAGCCAUACCGCCUCGUGAACAUAACAAUCGAAUACAACUCAACAGAAAUCUAGAAACAUGCAAGUUUGUCUUUGUUCGAGUUGAUGCUGUUAAAAAGCCAUUGAAACAACCUUAUGAAGGACCAUAUCAAGUAAUUAAAAGAACGACCAAACACUUCAUAAUCAACAAGUGUGGAAAGAAAGAGACUAUCGCUAUCGAUAGAAUAAAGCCUGCUUUCUACGAAGCACAACUUGACAAAGAACAUACUAUUUCACUGAACCAACACCGUCCAGCAACCACCACUACAGCAGACAGGGAAGAAAAACUGAGUAUCAAACCUACUUGUUUAACGCGCUCAGGCAGAGCCGUAAAAAAACCCAAACGCUAUGUACAUUUCGCCGAAUAAAAAAAAUCUAAAUAAACAAUUACUGAUGUACUAUACGAUUAUACUCACCCGAUUUUUCCCAACAAAAUCCAUGAUUUUUUUCCUUUUUUUUUACAGUGUACAUAAUUAACCAUAUUUUUUUUCCCACAAUUAUUCGUUUUGUCACAUUUUUUUUUCAUAGAAAAAAAUUUGUUACAAUAAUAAACGAGUAAACUCUAUUUAAUUAUUCAUUUGUUGUACACACACACACAAAAAAAAAUAAGCAGUUCAUUUUUUUUUGGGGGUCAGUAACAGUCUGCACAUUAUUAUCAUUGUUAGCAAACCAAGCUUUUAAAUGACGGUAUUCUCAUUACUUUUGUUUGUCAUGCUAUGCCACAUCACCGCUAUUUUCACGCAAUAACACACUGUAUAUUGUUAACGUACAUGUCAUACGCAUCUCCACAUUGUUAAUUGGUUAUUAUUGUAAAUAUUUUUUCUUUGGUAUGAAAAUUUUUAUUAUUGUUAUUGUAACCAGUGUUACCUCCGGACACUCUGGGGGGAGCUAUGUGGAGAUAGACCUGACAACCUUAUUUUGUAAAUAGUUUUCAGUGUUAUUUCUAUUUGUUUUGUCAAUUUUUCACUGUAUGUACAUUUAUCAUUAAAUGACUGUACGUGUUGUUUUAGUCAACGACCUUGAACACUUUUUCCGUUGUAAUUCUAACAUAGCGUGACACACAUUUUCGGUUGUUCACAAAUACACUAUUACGCACAUACCCAUUGUUCUAUUCUCGCUCGUUACCAAGUCAAUUGCGUUCUAAACUGGAUAUUAUCCUCAUUUCAGACUGCAGUGUCAUUCCCAUUAUAUCCUACAUCAAAGAAACUUAUUGGCGUCAUAUUUACCUCUGUGGAAUUAUUAUGCAUUUAUAAUUGUGGAUUUUUGAGACCAAAACUCAACAGAACACGCAACGACUAGCCGAUUUAAGUAACGUCCCUAAUUUGUUAUUGCAUUUGUAACAUUUAACUUGUAAAUAUUAAUAUUACUAUUGAUUGCUAUUAACUUUGUUGAUACUUUUGCGUUUAUAUAUUGUUUGGUCCACCACAUGCUUACAAACUGGAAUAAGCUAGUAAGGUUCUAAUAAUUAUGCCGGAAAUUAUAUUCUAAGAUUGGUACGAACCCAACGUUUGUAGCGGCCUUCUGUAUAAUGCAAACAAAUGAACUUGAUACAGCUUGCCACCACGAGUGUGACGUCACAUUUGAUAACAAGAGGAAGUAAAGACAAACUCGGAGGAAAUAUAAGGCAUGACAGACUUCAUAAAGGGGGAAUUUCAAUUUCGCCACUUACUUCAAUCGUUUGAAAAAAGUUCGUUGAGAAUUUUGAGUGAAAUAAACCAAAGUUUCAAGCGAAAUAUGUCAUUCGUAUAAAUAUAUGGACCUUUGGGGAAAUGAACUGGAGUCAACAAUUUUACCAGUUCACUUGGUGCCGACAAAUGGGAAAACAUACAGCCUGCAUUGGCACUAUUGAUUACUGCGAAACUAUCAGAAUGCCACCAAAUGGCCGAGAAAUUUCAAGUCGGAGCAAAUCGCGAUAUCUUGACAAGGGGUGAUCUUAUCCGCAACGCAACCAUGUAAACUUAAUGUAUCGCACAGGGUCAUCUGUGCGUUCAAGUAACCACAGAUUUUGUCAUUUCAUAAUGUAUUUUUAAUUAAAUAACUAGAUUAUGUAGUUAAUUUUGCUCUGUUUUUAAUUUUUAUUCGCCACGUCCGACUGCGUUACACUGUAUGUCCAUUGCACGCUGGGAUGAUAUCUCAAAUAGACUGUCAGUGCAUGAUUUUACUGAAGAAAAGUUUGUUGUACUGUAAACUGUGUUUCUAUGAACAACUGCCUGUUGUCUUCAGUAUGAAAGCAGUUUAUAUGUAUCCUUUUUUUUCUUAGACUCAGAUGCAUGGGAAUACUUAAAUGGGAGCAAAAUAAUAAAAGCAUUGCAAUACGGUACUAAGCCCAUGUUAUGCUUUGCGCAAGUAAUAGUAGCUGACCUUAUCUAAUAUUCAUGAACUCAAGGUAAAUCACAACUGCAUAAAUUCUUUGCUAAAAAACAUGUGAUUUGGUUAUUUAUCUAUUCCACAUUUCUGACCAAAUUCAUCACUAUUUUUUUCAUUUAGAAUGCAACAGGAGUGAGCCUUCACAGACCCUAGAAACUGUUUCGCCCUUGGAACUAUGGCCCUAUGGAACUGUUUACGGGAGACCCAACGAACAGCAGAUUAUAAAAAGGAUGCUGGACGUCCAUUAUAGUCUCACAACCACUUCCAGUAUUUUUUUGACUUUUUUUACUCUUUCGUUUGGGAAAAAACAACAAAAACUGCAGCUUAACAUUACCAAUACAACUUUUAAACGGGAACUUCGUUUAAACCUUUGUUUGAUAUUCGAUUCUUAAUGAAAGUUCUUGAAUAAAUUUUUGAAUCUAAUGCUACUUUGUUUUAUCUACUUAAUCGUUGCAAGAAACUUGUGAUAAGCGAGCCUAUCAGCACCUAGUUCAUGUGUUCAAAUGGUUGUGGACUGAAUAGAAGCUUUCGCUUAACAGGCUUCCGUGUCUAGUAGCGGAGGAUCACCAAAACCUCCAGGCAGGAACCUAGGUAUGUUAACAAUAAAAGAGGAAAGAGAAAUUGGUAAAUCAUAGUAUGAUACUAUCCUUAAG